AUGGUUGAUAGUGGUGGGGGGCAAAUCCUAAGCCUCCUAACUCUGAGACAGACAAACCAGACACAAGUGACUGAAUUCUUCCUCCUGGGGCUCGCUGAUGACCCAUACACCCAAAAACUCCUCUUUGUCUUAUUCCUGGCUGUCUACCUGGUUACUGUGCUUGGAAAUCUGCUUCUCAUGUCCCUUGUUCAAAUCGACUCCCGACUUCACACACCCAUGUAUUUUUUUCUCUGCAAUUUGUCUCUGGCUGACCUCUGUUUCUCUACCAACAUCGUUCCUCAGGCCCUCGUUCACCUGCUAUCCAGGAAGAAGGCUAUUUCAUUCAUGCGUUGUGCAGCUCAGCUUCUACUCUUUCUCAUUUUUGGAGGUACACAGUGUGCCCUUCUGGCAGUGAUGUCCUAUGAUCGAUAUGUGGCCAUCUGCAGUCCUUUGCAUUACUCUAAUGUUAUGACAUGGAGGGUGUGUGUCCAGCUAGCCACAGGAUCAUGGACCAGUGGAAUUCUCGUGUCUAUUGUGGACAGUACCUUCACGCUAAGGCUACCCUACAGAGGCAGCAAUAACAUUGCUCAUUUCUUUUGUGAGGCCCCUGCACUGUUGGUUCUGGCAUCCACAGACCCCCACACUUCAGAGAUGGCCAUUUUUCUUAUGGGGGUGGUGAUCCUUUUUAUACCUGUUUCCCUAAUUUUGGUAUCCUAUGGCAACAUUAUAGUGACUGUGAUCAGGAUGAAAUCAGCUUCUGGCAGGCUUAAGGCAUUCUCUACUUGUGGCUCCCACCUCAUAGUUGUCAUCCUUUUCUAUGGGUCAGCAAUUAUCACCUACAUGACACCAAAGUCUUCCAAAGAGCAAGAAAAACUAGUAUCUGUAUUCUAUGCAGUAGUAACCCCUAUGCUUAAUCCUCUCAUCUACAGUCUGAGGAAUAAGGAUGUGAAGGGAGCUCUGAGAAAAGUAGCCACAAGGAAAUUUCCAUGCAGGCUUGGGAUCAACCACUGA